AUGAUGUUCAAGUCUUUUGCCGCCGUGUCGGCCUUGUCACUCUUUGCAUCGACUGCUCUUGCUCUCGAUGCCAGUCUGAAGAAUAAUGUUGCUAUCUACUAUGGACAAGGUUACAACCAACCCCGGCUCUCACAUUUCUGUGAACAGACCACGUCGGACAUUAUCAACAUUGGCUUUAUCGAUCAGUUCCCCAAAUUUGUGGGUGACUUCCCUGGUUCCAAUUUUGCCAAUCAGUGUGAUGGCAACUUUUUCCCCGGUACAGAGCUGCUUAAUGGCUGCCACCAGAUCUGGCAAGAUAUCCCUAUUUGCAAAGCUGCUGGCAAGACAAUCCUGUUGUCUAUCGGUGGUGGUACUGCUACAGCCCAGUCUCUUCCGGAUGAGGCCACCGCGACCUGGUUUGCGGAUUUCCUGUGGUAUUCAUUCGGUCCUUACAAUCCAUCCAUCUCUUCAUUGGGUUGGACUGAGGACUUGGUUGGCAUCUUCCCUCGCCCAUUUCUCACUUCCUCGGUUGAUGGAUUUGACUUUGAUAUCGAGUACAACGGCGGAGUUGGAUACGCCACGCUGAUUAAUCGUCUACGCUCGCAUUUCGAAACGAGCGAACAGACCUACUACAUCUCCGGAGCUCCCCAGUGCCCCAUUCCCGACCCUCAGCUCGGCGAUGCUAUUACCAACUCGUACUUUGAUUUCAUCUGGGUUCAGUGGUACAACACCCAGGGUUGCUCUGCUGCGGAUUGGGUCCACAAGACCGGCAAGUUCAACUUCGAUGACUGGGUCGGUGUCAUUGAGAAGAGCGUCAACCCCAAUGCUAAGCUCUUCAUCGGACUGCCCGCAUCGGAUGAUGUUGCUAAUGCUGGAUUUUACUUGACCCCUGACGAGGUGCAGCCCCUUGUCGAAACUUACAUGGACAAGCACCCCGAUCACUUCGGUGGUAUCAUGCUGUGGGAGGCCACCGCUGGUGAGAAUAAUCUCAUCAACGGAACAACAUUCACUGAGCACAUUAAGGAUAUCCUGUACGGUUGCGCUCCUCCUCCUCCUCCCCCGACUUCGACUGUCACCCCGAUCCCCUCAUCAACUGUGACUCCUGUUUCGUCGUCCACUGUCCCGCCUUCGGUCACCUCGGUUGCUUCCACCUCUGCGGCCUCUUCUAGCUCGGUUGCGUCUUCCAGCUCGAUUGCCUCUUCUAGCUCAGUUGCGUCUUCUAGCUCCGCUACCCCUUCGGCCACUUCAGUUGCUUCUAGCUCAGUCGCUUCUUCUAGCUCGGUUGCGUCUUCCAGCUCGGUUGCUUCUUCCAGCUCGGUCGCUUCUUCCAGCUCGGUCGCUUCUUCCAGCUCAGUUGCGUCUUCUAGCUCCGCUACCCCUUCGGCCACUUCAGUUGCUUCCAGCUCGGUCGCUUCUUCCAGCUCGGUCGCUUCUUCCAGCUCGGUCGCUUCUUCCAGCUCAGUUGCGUCUUCUAGCUCGGUCGCUUCUUCCAGCUCAGUUGCGUCUUCUAGCUCCGCUACCCCUUCGGCCACUUCAGUUGCUUCCAGCUCGGUCGCUUCUUCCAGCUCGGUCGCUUCUUCCAGCUCGGUCGCUUCUUCCAGCUCAGUUGCGUCUUCCAGCUCAGUUGCGUCUUCUAGCUCCGCUACCCCUUCGGCCACUUCAGUUGCUUCCAGCCCAGUUGCUUCUUCCAGCUCAGUUGUGUCUUCCAGCCCAGCCGCUUCUUCCAGCUCGGUCGCUUCUUCUAGCUCAGUCGCUUCUUCCAGCUCGGUGCCUUCCACCACCCCUGCUGCCUCCGAGCAGUCUUCCUCCACUUCGAGCCUCCCUAGCAGCUCUGUGACGACUACUCCUGCUUCAUCCGGACAUCCCGCCCCCCACUCCUCCGCCACCGGAAAGCCCCACAGCUCGCAUGCUGGCCAUGGCCAUGGACAUGGACAUGGCCACCACACCCACACCCACCCCCAUCCCCACACUGUCCCAAGCUCCACUCCCCUGAUCCCGGGACACCCUUCAAGCACCGCUCCCAUCUCUUCUGCGACCGAGUCUGGCGCCUCUUCCACUAGCGAAGGUGUCAUCCCGACCGGUGUAUCAUCUACCAGCGACGAGACCACUGGAAGCUCCAAGCCUACAGGUGACAACACUACCGGUGGUUCCAACCCUACUGGUGUCGAGACUACUGGCAGUUCCAAGCCUACCAGCAUCAAGACUACCGGUGCUUCCAAGCCUACCGGUGACAACACUACCGGUGGUUCCAACCCUACUGGUGUCGAGACUACUGGCAGUUCCAAGCCUACCAGCAUCAAGACUACCGGUGCUUCCAAGCCUACCGGUGACAACACUACCGGUGGUUCCAACCCUACUGGUGUCGAGACUACUGGCAGUUCCAAGCCUACCAGCAUCAAGACUACCGGUGCUUCCAAGCCUACCGGUGACAACACUACCGGUGGUUCUAGCUCUACUGGCGUCGAGACUACCGGAGGUUCCAAGCCUACCAGCGUCGAGACUUCUGGCGGUUCCAAGCCUACCGGUGACAACACUACCGGUGGUUCUAGCUCUACUGGCGUCGAGACUACCGGAGGUUCCAAGCCUACCAGCGUCGAGACUUCUGGCGGUUCCAAGCCUACCGGUGACAACACUACCGGUGGUUCUAGCUCUACUGGCGUCGAGACUACCGGAGGUUCCAAGCCUACCGGCAACAACUUUACUGGAGGUUCCAAGCCUACCGGUACUGACUCAACCACAGCCCCGGCCGGUAUCACCGCCACUGCCUCUGUGACUGCCUCGCCUUCCUCCUUGGCUCCCGGUACCACCACAACUAUCAUCGUGACCUCGUACGUUGAUAUUUGCCCAACUGGAUUCACUACCAUCACCACCACUAUUACCAAAACCUACUGUCCUGGUGAUGCCUCCGCUACUGCUACCCCAACUGGCACCGCAGAGAUCACUGCUCCUACUUCUGGCCCUGCCACUUCCACUCCUUACAUUCCCGAAGGCUGGACCACUACUGUGACUGUUUGCACCCAGUGUGCCGCUACCCCGACUACCGUUACCCUUACUAAGCCCGCUGCUACUACUACCACUGAGGUUGUGUCGCAGCCCACCGCCCCUUCGGCACCUGAGGGAUACACUACCACCGUGACUUUCUGCAAGCACUGUGGUCCUACUGGUAGCACUGUCACCAUCACCAUCCCGGCUUCUACUGCCACUGCAACUGCUACUAACAUUGUUCCUGGCUCUGGCUCUGGCUCUGGCUCUGGCUCUGGCUCUGGCUCUGGCUCUGGCUCUGGCUCUGGCUCUGGCUCUGGCUCUGGCUCUGGUUCCUCUGGAUCUGGCUCCGGUUCCGGCUCUUCUGGAAACGGUGAGGGCUCGGGCUCCGGGUCCAACCCCGGCUCUGGCUCUACUGGUGAGGUUACAGUGCCCGGUAUCGCCCCUGUGGCGCCAUCUUCUUCCUCCAAGCCCAUCCCCAGCCAUGGAGCCGGAGGCUUCCACGUCGGCAAGCCGUCGUCGAGCAUAGCCUUCCGCCCCUCGCCCGCGCGCACUGCCGUGCCCACUGUCGCGACCACCGCCACGAACACACCCUCAUUGCCCACCAACCAAGAGGGCGUGUCUCCGGUCUACACCGGUGCAGCCUCGCGUUCCAACAUGACCGGCUUGUUCGGUGGCGUCCUCGCCAUCGCUCUUUCCAUGUUCAUGAUGCUGUAA